AUGCCGAACGGCAAAGAUGAGCUCACAGGAAUCAACCUGAAUAAAUGCCUUGGCUGGGAUGACCGUCGGAAAGUUUUCACCGCAGAAUAUAACGCAUAUGGAAUUGCUAGGGGCAAUUGCUGGGACUGCGGGUACAAAAAGUACCGGAAGCCCACUUCUAAGUUUUUACUGGGUUGCAAGUGUAGCACCAAUGCACAGGAUCGAACACGGUGGGAGGUCAAAGAGUUCACCCAACCUGGCGUUCUAGUAUUCAACGAGAAGACAGGUCAGAUGGGCUGUCAUGGAUAUUUUGCAGUUCUCAUGGUACCCGAGAUAGACUAG